AUGUCUUUGUCUGCUCCUGAAUAUGGGUUUAUGCUAUUUUGCUAUGAUGGUUCUUCAAUUGGAAAUCCUGGUACAGCUGGCUUUGGAAUAAUUAUCAAAGACCAUAUAUGUCAAGUAAUUGGCACAAUGUCUUGUGGUCGGAGUGUUAAUACUAAUUUCGUAGCUGAAGUGUUUGCAGUUAUUUUUGCAAUGGAAUGGGCUGUUAUAUUCGGUGCUAAGAAGAUAAUAAUCGGGUCAUACUCUAAAUCACUCAUUAGUGACUUUUGCAGAGGUACAAUUCCAUGGUUUAUUAUAUUAAGAUGGCUGAAUGCAAGACAAAAGUUGGAGUGCGUCAGAUUUGAGCAUUGUUUCAGAGAAAUAAAUUUCUCUACAGAUUCCUUGGCCAAAAAAAGUGCAAAAUUAGAAGCUAGAGAAAGAGUCAUGCAUAAUGGAAGACCUGGAUUUCUGAUAAGUAUUGAAAUGCCAGAAGUUGCUUGUUUCAGAUUUUGCAGUUAA